UCAGCGAGCUUAACGUGUCGGGGGUGGUGUGUCAUUUUGUCCAAGUAAAUAUCAAAUAGUCAUCAUUGAAGGUGCGACUCUGGGACAAUUUCAGUUUUUUUUUCUCAUUAAUAUGUUGGUUUUGCGGGGCCAAUAGGGGAUGACUCCUCGUGGGGUGAAUUGUGAGGUGUUUGUGAUUGAUUUUGUUAACGGAAAUGUACAAUGAACAAUCACAGAUGAAAAACCAGAUGGCCAGCGGACCAUUUUCCCUAUUUAAUUGGGGGUGAGCUAUCAGUGAGGCUGAUAGCACUAGUGAUUUUCCACGAGUGAUGGUCAGCACCUUUUCUCCUCGGUUUUUACGCCGUUAUUCAGCCCUUUGUCGGGCCUUUUCGGGGGUGGAAAUUUUUUUGAGGCAAUGUGUUAUUUAAAUUAUACUGUGGCACACCCAUCAGCAAUGAAUGAGACAACAUCACGGCAAUGCCAGCGAGUAUUUGCAUAAAAAACCGAUGAGUCGAUUUUAUACCUGCGUUUUGUGAAUACUGGGAAAGGACGACAAAGGAGGAGUAAAAAAAAGUAAUAUUGAAUCGAUGAUAGCGGAAAAAGAAGCAGUAUGAUAUGCGGAAACGAAGUACGUUUUGGAUUACUCGGUCGCGCGGGUCCGUGCGACCUCUCUUUGGUUCCCUUACAUUCGCAUCGACCGCAAGAUACAAGUGACCGAAUGGCUCUACAGAAUAAAAAUGCGGAGUCGCAUCGGCUAAUGAUGAACGAAUUAAACUGUUGAAUCGUAUCUAAUUACGAUCUCUUCUUUCCAUAAAAGAAGAAAGGGGAAAAAAUGUUUUGGAUGACAUGGAUUAGCGGCGAGAGAGAAAUAAUACAUUUUGUUUUGCCGGCGAAUUUUGAAAUGAGAUGAGAUUAUUCACCGACAAGAGAUGAAUUCAAUGUAAUAAUGGCAGCGAAUAAACGGUCGAUUUUCUUUUCACUCCUUUCCAUGUAUUAACAAAAGUGCCAGAAGUUUGACUGAUAAUGGUGAGGAAGAAGUUGUGAGUUUCUGUCGGAAGGAGUGUCGGAAGGCGCCUGACACAACAUGCGUUUGGAAAUAGCUGGACGAAGAUGAAGUGCAUCACAAUUUCCGAAAAUUGUGGGAAAUAGUAGAGAGAGAAUUCAAAUAAAAAAAGUUUGAAAAAGUAAUGCCUUACUAAUGAUUGGAUUCCUACGAUGAUCAGUUGCAAGAGUUUAAUUUGGUCAAUGUCGAAAAUGACUGACAAAGGGAAUUCGAUAGAUCAUCAUCAUCGCAAACGACAGACACGUUUGCGAAUCCUGUUAAAUUUUCACGAUGUUGCUAUCGGGAUUGGUCUUCUCCUCUGUCUCGAUAAAAUAUUACUUUGUAAUGGACAAAAGCCAAUUAAUCUUGGUGGUGUGAAACGCCGUGACGUUUACAUAGCUGGUUUCUUUCCAUAUGGUAGACAUGUACCUGAAAGCCAUAUUGGUCGUGGUGUUAUGCCGUCUGUCAAGUUGGCGGUGGAUCACAUCAAUGACAAUCCAACUGUAUUGAGAAAUUAUCGAUUACACAUGUGGUGGAAUGAUACUGAGUGUAAUGCUGCGGUCGGUGUUAAGGCGUUCUUCGAUAUGAUGCACAGUGGACCGCACAAGGUGAUGCUAUUUGGUGCUGCCUGCACCCAAGUAACGGAUCCAAUCGCCAAAGCCUCCAAACACUGGCGUCUCACCCAGUUGAGCUAUGCUGACACUCAUCCCAUGUUCACGAGUGACAAUUUUCCAAAUUUCUUCAGAAUAGUACCAUCAGAAAAUGCAUUCAAUGCGCCAAGAGUGGCACUCCUCAAUCAUUUCAACUGGACAAGAGUCGGUACAAUCUACCAAAAUGAACCAAGAUAUGCACUAGCACACAAUCGACUCGUCGCUGAUCUCGAUGACAAUAAACUGGAAGUAGUAGAAACUCAGAGUUUUGCAACAGAAGUAAGUGCAGCCCUCGAGAAACUGAAGCGGAAGGAUGUCAGGAUUAUAAUUGGAAACUUUAAUGAGAUAUGGGCCAGAAGGAUAUUUUGUGAGGCUUAUAAGUACAGAAUGUUCGGGCGGAAGUACCAGUGGAUGAUCAUGGGCACAUAUACAGAAAAAUGGUGGUUAAAUGCGGAUGGUGGAUGUGCACCAUCUGAGUUAGCAGAGGCUCUUCAUGGCGCCAUUUUAACUGACCUACUUCCACUCUCGACUGAACGCCAGAUUACAGUUUCGGGCAUCACACCCGACGAAUAUCAAGUGGAGUAUGAUUCACGUCGAGGGAAUGAAUACUCACGAUUCCAUGGUUAUACCUACGACGGAAUUUGGGCAGUGGCCCUUGCCAUUCAGCAUGUAGCUAGGAGAAUACGACACUUCAGGAGAAAUCAGACUGUCGCUGACUUCAAGUACAGAGACCCACUUUGGGAGAAGUUGUUUCUCGAUGCAUUGAGAAACACAAGCUUUGAAGGAGUUACGGGUCCUGUUCGUUUUUACGACAACGAGAGAAAAGCUUACAUACUGUUGAAACAAUUUCAGAGUGGUAAGGAGGUUAAAGUUGGGGAGUAUGAUGGUAUCACAGGCUCGCUGGAUUUCAGCCGAGGUCAGCCCUUGAUUUGGCGUGGAAGAUCACCCCCCAAGGAUCGUACUGUACAUGUUAUAGAACACUCCACCGUUAACAUCACAAUUUACUCAGUUAUUGCAACGGCAGCUGCUGUCGGCAUUGUUAUGGCAGCCGUAUUCCUUGCUAUCAAUAUCAGAUAUAGAAAUCAAAGGUAUAUAAAAAUGUCAUCGCCACAUCUGAACAACCUCAUUAUCGUUGGUUGCAUGUUGACGUACAGCAGUGUUAUAUUUCUCGGUCUCGAUUCGACUCUCUCAAGCGUAACAGCAUUUCCCUACAUUUGCACAGCGAGGGCGUGGCUUUUGAUGGCCGGUUUUUCAUUGGCAUUUGGUGCUAUGUUUUCAAAAACUUGGCGUGUGCAUUCUAUAUUCACGGAUGUUAAGCUCAAUAAAAAAGUGAUAAAAGACUAUCAACUUUUUAUGGUCGUCGGUGUUUUAUUGGUCAUUGAUUUGGCAAUAAUGACGACGUGGCAAGUUGCCGAUCCUUUUUACAGGGAAACCAAACAAAUGGAACCUUAUCCGCAUCCAUCGAGUGAUGAUAUUAUGAUGAUACCGGAGAAUGAGUACUGCCAAAGCAAUAGAAUGACCCUUUAUCUUGGUAGCAUCUAUGCUUACAAAGGUCUUCUGAUGAUAUUUGGCGCAUUUUUAGCUUGGGAGACACGACAUGUUAGCAUACCAGCACUCAACGAUAGUAAAUACGUAGGAAUGAGUGUUUAUAAUGUAGUAAUUAUGUGUGUUACGGGUGCAGCAAUCAGUUUUGUACUUGCUGAUAAACAGGAUACAAUGUUUAUAAUGCUGUCGAUAUUCAUAAUAUUCUGCAGUACAGGGACACUCUGUCUCGUGUUUGUGCCAAAAUUGAUCGAAUUAAGGAGAAAUCCUCAGGGAGCUAUCGAUAAAAGAAUUAGAGCGACUCUGAGACCGUCAUCGAAAACCAGGCGAGACUCAAUAGUUAGCGAAUUGGAGGAGCGUUUGAAGGAGGCGGCGAAGACUAAUCAGAAAUUUCGAAAAGAGCUCUUGGAAAAAGAAUCAGAGAUUCAAAUGUUUAUGAGACGAUUGGGGGAUGAAGCUGGCUUACAGAAUACCAGGGAAGCCAUGACCAAACUUUCAAUUCCACAAAAUCAAGAAACACUCAUCAAAAAAGAGGGUCCUUCGAUGGUAACUGAAACGACGGAUAUUUCAAUGUCAUUGUGCAGCUUAAAUUCAACAACUGUAUCACAACCAGAGGGUGAAUAUGUUAACGUGAUGGCAAUGGAUGAUCAGCAAUCGAUGCCAAAAAAGCCCAUAUUAGCCGGUAAAUUAUCAGAAGACAACAAGCAAAUCCCAGCAAUUUCCAAUACAACGAACUCACCCCUCUCCCAGUACAAGAAAAAAUAUCGGAAUGAAGAAUAUCAAGAGAAUGAACCACUCAUUCAGGAGAAAUCAGGAAAUGACGCUUUACUGAGCACAAGUGCAGAUAUUGGUAAAGCAAAUAUUGACUUUGUAGGAGAGACCGUUGAAGAGUCUGAAGAAUCUAUUGUACUUGAAGAAACUGAUAUACCGCGUGAUGAAAGUAGCAUAGUGAUGAAAAAAAUUAAAGAAACAACGAUUGAUAAAAAAAAAAGACUUCCAACACCUCCACCCCCGAAAAAUGUUUCAUUCGGUGAGCUACAUGAACAAUGCUAUCUUGAACAAACAAUUCUUCCACCGCCGGUACAAUUUGUACCCAAACAUCGCCAUCAAAUUCAUCAUCAAACAUUAACGAAGCGCCGAGCAUCAGUGAAAAAUAAUGGUCUUGCACAUUCUCACCAUCAGUUAUUUGAAAAACGUCGAACAAGUGUGCCAGUAAAUACAAUAAGCUACAUCUCAACUGACAAUAUUUCAAAGGCAGAUGGAACUGAUGAUCAUAGUCAUGUAAUUGGUGAAUGUGGCCAUCGCAGAGUGACAGGUUUUACGAAUAAUACGGGCUAUCGUUGUGAAAAACACGGUGGCAAUGCAACUGCCAAUCGUGGAUCAUCUCAUGGAUAUGCAACAUCCAAUGGUUCAUCUGAUAUAUCAAGAAAAUAUCGUGAAGGUACGGUUAAUGCUAGUUAUUCAGACACGGAAAAACAUGAUGAUUCGAUAGCAACGAUCAUUCAUCGUUCAGUUUCCGAAAAAUCACGGGAGAAAUGUCUACGUAAUCGGGGUAAUCUGGCUCACGUUAUGUCAGAGUGCCGUCAUCGUACAUCUCAUAAGCACCAUGAGUGUCGUCACGCUGAAUCAAAGCUUCGUCAUCAGGCUAGGCUCGAAUAUGUACAAAGUACCCCAAAUGUUGCGACAAUUCACAAUAGUAAAUUUGCCAGCGCUAAUCCACGUGGUGGAGGUGUUCAUCAUCGUGGCCAUAGCAGUGGUGGUGGUGGAAAUACCGGCAGUAGUGGUGCUGUUGGUGGUGUUGGUGGUGUUGGUGGUGGUGGUGGUAGGGUGAUUGUUGGUGGAAAUGCAGUGAUGAGAGGUGCCAAUGGAGGUAGUUCAAGUGGUGUGAGUGGAUCGACUAUCGAUAUAUCGAAUAUGUACAGUGCUGUCUCGGACGGAGAACUCCUUGACCUUGAAAUACUGCCCAUAUUUCAAAAAUUAUUGACAGAACGUCAUAAAACCACUACACGUGGUGGUUACGGUGCUAAUAUUGCAAGCUGUCCUAAUAUAUCUAUCAAAUGUGACAUCGUUGAAUAUCUCUAACGAUUUCAAUUCAUCUGGAAUUUACUAGUUACACAUUAUUUCGACUACGACAAUUAUAAGACCCAAAUAGUACAAUAUUCUUUUUAUUUAAUUCCUUGGCGUCGUUUAAUCGCGUCAAAAGUGUCAAUUAUGUAAGCCGAAGGGGGUGAGAAAUAGCGAGGGCGAAACGAAUAGGAAAAACUUUUGAACAAAAAAAAAAUAAAUGGGAGGAUAUGAGGAAAAAAUUGGAUACUACGCAACACGAAUAUACAUACAUCAAUACAUAUAGCAUGUAAGUAAACACUUACUCACUGCACGUGGGUCACUUUCAUUUAUAAUCGGAGGAUAUUUCUCGAGCCUAAUGAAAAAAUGUCAGAACUUUUUUUUUUCUCAAUCUUUGGAUAGAAAUUUCACAUAAUGUGUCGUACAAUCUCUAAAAAAAUUAUUAUCAUGAAAUACUGAUAAUAUUAUGUAGGGUAUCUAACGGAUUUCGCAGAAAAUUAUGAUGAAAUUUAUUACAUAGUAUUAAUAAAUAACAAAAAUUUAUAUUGGAACCUAUUGAUAUUGAAGAUUUGGAUAGAAUUCGCAAAUGUAAUGAAGUGUUGGUUAUAAUCACAUUUUUUAGUUUUUUGUUAUUGCAAAACUGAUAUCCUAUGGAAACAUAAAAUAUCUCUUGUCGGAAAAUUGUUAAGAAUUUAAUAGAUAUUUAUAAGAAAAAAAAAUUAAACAGAAAAAAAAAACAAAAAAAAUCUUUCAAUAUGAUAAAAACUGUUUACCAAAAAAAUAAAUAAAAAGAAAAAGAAAAUCGCUUAGUGAGAAAUUUGUAUGAAUGUUAGCUGUAUAUUUUUAGCUAAGACAUUCUCAAUAAUGAUUGGAAAAUGAUUAAAUUUAUUAAAUGAAUGAAAAAUAAGCAGAUCGAUCAAUCAUUUCUCAAAUAAAUAUUUCAAAUCAACGGGAACAUAUACCUUUCUAUAAGCUCUCUAAACGUCAUGUUAAAAUCUAAAAAAAUCCGUCUUCUAUUCUAAUCAAUGAAUGUGGGAUUUUCAAUAUCUCGUAUAGAAAGCCUAUAGUUUUUCAUUAUUUCACCGAUAAGUUUGCAAAAGCUCGAAUCAAGGAAAAAACUCAUACAUAAUUGUUUUGUAAAUUUGCAUAAUAUCGUUGGAGAUGUUUGUAGUACUAUAUGCCUCGUUCAUUCAUUUUUUCUACUUCUGAAAAAUUAUAUUAAAGACAAAAAAAAAACAAAAAAAGUUACCGACGAGCUAAAUACGUUAUUACAAAAGAACGGUUGGUCGCGUUGUAUUUCACUGAAACGUCUCCUUGGUAGAUUAUAUUUUUUCGUUCAGAACUGACUUUUUAGAAAGAAAAAAACGAAUUAUCAAAGUGGAAACACCAUCGUAGUGAAAUUGAAAGCAAUUCAACAUUUUGAUUGAGAGUAAAUUUUCGUACUUCUCGAGAGUCUGAGAUGCAACGCAAUCUGCCAAGAAACUAUAUGUAAGAACAAAAAACCAAAAUCAAUACAACAAUGAAAGGAAAAAAAUAAUAAUUAUAUCAUAUUCCGGAAACACGACUCAUUCUUGUGAUACUGUUAAGUUGAAUUUGUACAAGUACCUAUUACAUUGUUACCACGAUCACAUCGCAAUACAUAUAUGUUUAUAAAUAUGAAUAAUUUAACGAAGAAAAAGGAGGAAAAAUUGGAAUGUCUGUAGAGGGAGAGGAAAAACAAAACCGAAAGGAGCAAGGAUAAAAGCGGUUUACAAAAAAAUAACUAAAUAAAUAAAUACUCAUUAAAAAGAAAA